ACGCUAGCACUCGCACAAGGCAGGAAAAAAAAAAAAAAAAAAAAAAAAACACUCGACUCCACCACCACCCCUACCAACAAUCAAGGAAUCAUCGAAAAUAAUCGGCCGAUCCUCUAAUAAUUCUCACCAGGCUAUAGGCAAAUUUCCACAAUUAUCAAAGUACACCCUCUAAUUUUGGUAUAUUUAUUCUUUUUAACUCUAAUCCUCCUCCUAAUUGUAGAAGCCAAGCCAGCUUAGUGCAAAUCGUCUCGUCGACAACAAAAAAGGAAAAAAAUCCCCACACACAGCAAAAUAAAAGUAAGGGAAAAGCCGAAAACACUUUCACCUUCUGUUUUUGGAAAGCAGAAGCGAUAACGGCUGGUGUCGGGUGUUUUUAAGUAGAAGCUAAGUCUGUCUUGGGUUUGUUGUGAUCUACGUGGUGGCCGAUCUGAUAAGAGGAACGAAGAGUUAAGUGUUUGUGUGUGUGUGUGUGUGUGAGAGAGAGAGAGGGUUUUGAGGGAUAUGGCGGGAUGAAGGUGAAGGAGAAAGGAGAAGAAGAUGGCGAGGGUAGAAUGGGGAAAUCAAGGGAGAGGGAAAUGGGGAUGUUCGUACAAGAGGACCACUCUCAUCGUUUGCUCCAUUAACAUUGUUGUUGCUCUUUACGUUCUGCGCUCCCUCUACGCUUCUUUAUACGUCUACUCCGAUAACGAUUCGCGUGCCGUUGUUAAGUACACCCCAGAUCAGAUUAGGAAAAUGGAAGAAUCAGUUCGGAUUCGUAGAGCAGCCGAACCAGUAGAGCUUGCUAAAUUGGUGAAGAAGCUCGAAAACGAGUUUUCCAGAGACGUAACAGUGAUUGAAUUGCAGCAGCAUGUCAAACAGAAAAUAAUGGAUGAGAUUAUUCAGAGGUUGAAAACCUUGAGUGCCAAUGCUAAUAUCAGUGAGCAGAGAGAAGCUGUUGAAAACUGGCGCAAGGAAAAACUAAAUGAAACUAAGCGGUUAACCGUUGGGAAAGGGACUUUUGAUUCCAUUGAGCAUGAGGAAGCAGAGGUGCUGAUAAGAGCUCUGGAGUCCAAUUGGGCAGUGCUGUCAGAAGAGAUUGGCCUUUGGAUACCACCUGAAAUUAAUAAUACAGAACAUGAUGAUAAACCUGACGGUGAAGAGGAAAUAGAGGAUCAAAUUUUGCCUGGCAGGCCACUUCCACCCGAAUGCCAUACUGAACUUCAUACAGAUUAUGCUGGUGCUGCUGUUAAAUGGGGGCUUAGCCACCACAAAGAGAGUGCAGCAGACUGCUGUCAGGCUUGUUUGGAUCAGGCUCGACAUGCAAAGCCAGGUGAAAGGAAAUGUAAUAUAUGGGUUUAUUGCCCAUCUGAGACAGGGUGCCACUCCCCAGAUAUCUAUCAACAUAAACAUCAAGAGUGCUGGCUCAAAUAUGAUGAAAAGCCAAGACGGAAUUUCAAGGACAAGUAUCCAGACUCAUACAGAAACUCCCAUCCGACUGCACCAUUGGUUGUUCCAUGGGUCUCAGGUGUUGUCAGUGGGUAAUUGAGUUUUAGCCAACAAAUUGGGAACAUUUUCCCACUGCAAACUCUAUCAGGUUGCGGAACUAUUACACAACACGCAGGAAGCUAACUCCACUGGAAUAUGUAUCAUUCUCCUUGGGUUCAUUAACAUGUUUUCUUUUUCAUUAUAGACACAGGGAGAUUCUUUUUUUUCUGUUUUUUGGUUCACAUUUUUUUUUUCUUUUUUCGGAAAAAUAGAUAUAGAGAGGGGGUUUGUGGCGGGGGAGGAGGAAGUGAGUCGUAAGACUAAGCAUCCAUGUUUGUUUGAUUGACAAGGCAAAGUAAUUUUCUGCAAUGCGGGUAUGGCAUGGCGGCCAUUCGUUACUUGGAAGGGAAAAAGCAUUUUGUCCGUUGAUUAUUGUUGGGUCAAAAUUUGUUCAUUAUAAGGGUGUGUUUGAAUUCUUGAGCACUUUAAUGCUCUCUCAAAUGAAUUUCAAUGGUUAUUGUCACUGCAUUUUUCACCA